UGUUUAGCUAACUGUAGCUAGCUUAACGAACAGCACAGCAGGGUAAAGUCCAACACAGACCUCUAAACCAGCAUGGCUUCGUUAAAGUUCUGUGCCAAUAUUUCCUGGCUGUUCACGGAGCUUCCAGACUUCAGCCAGAGAAUAUACGCGGCUGCCUCGGCCGGCUUUCAGGCUGUAGAGGCCGCUUGGCUGUACGACUCUGACCUGCAGGAGCUCCAGAGAGUCCGAGAGGCUACAGGAGUAGAAGUAGUCCUCAUUAACACACCACCUGGAGAUGUGAAGGCAGGUGAUCUUGGUCUUGGAGCAGUUCCUGGCAGGGAGACUGAGUUCAAACAGGGUCUGGACCUGGCUUUGAAGUAUGCAAAAGCUUUGGAGUGCAAAAAGAUCCACCUGAUGGCUGGCAGGGUUCCUGAGGGCUCUGACAGAGCAGCCGUUGCCAAGAAGAUGGAAGCCAUCUUUGUUCACAACCUGAACUACGCUGCUGACAUCCUCUCAAAGGCAGGAAUCACUGGUUUGAUUGAACCAAUCAACACAAGGAUCACAGACCCCAGGUAUUUUCUGGACUCUCCUCAUCAGGCGGCCGCCAUACUGGAGAAGGUUGGAAAGCCAAACAUCAAACUACAGAUGGACGUCUUUCACUGGCAGAUAAUGGAUGGAAACCUGACGCAGAACAUUAACAAGUAUUUCCCUCUGAUCGGUCACGUUCAGAUCGCUCAGGUUCCAGACAGGAACGAGCCUGACAGCGCAGGAGAGAUCAACUACAGCUACCUGUUCAACACGCUGGACAAGCUCAACUACCAGGGACACAUUGGCUGUGAAUACAAGCCACUCAGAGCCACUAAUGAGGGUCUGGGCUGGCUGAAGAAUUACUGGACACAAAGCAAGUGAAGAUGAGUCUACACCUCUGUGAGAGAACAGGCUGUUUUCUCUUUCUUUCUUCAGACUGAUUCUCGUGGCCUUACAUUUUCUUCCAAAGUCAAAAUGACUUGAUUGUACAAGUUUGGGCUUUUUUCUUUUAAGCUUGAUGUAGUCGGUAUGAAAUAAAAACAUCCUAUAAUGAAAUGAAAACUAAAAUAAUAUACAUUUUAUUAUAGGCAGAAUAUCAGGUGCACUUUUAACCCUUACAUACUCAGAAUGAGAAUCUCCACAUAAAGUGUUUAUACCAAAUGUUGAAGCACAGAUGUGUUUAGAAAGCAUCAAUAGUGGAUCUGACUGAUCAAUAAAUGUGAUUAAACCUUGAUUCAUGUUUCAGAGAGCAGAGAGAGUGUAUUUUUUAGCUUUUACACCAAAACCAGCUACUAUCACACAAUAUCAUGUCUUAUUUUAUCUAAGACAUGAAAGUAUAACAUAGCAAUAAUGAUGGAAAUGUAUUUUAUGUAAAGUGAAAAUGAGCAGAACUUUAUGGAACUGUGGGGUUUAUUGUAUAACCAUUAGAGCCAUCAGUCUUCACUGCUACAUCAUAAAAAGAACUAAAUAACUACUAUCUUAUUAAAACUAUGAACUAUUCAUUUCACUAAAACACAAAUCUGACCCAGAACAGCUUCAAUGGACAAAACCUUUUGGCACCUAUACAAAAGUAUAACAUUGAAAACAUUUUUUUGGGCCACUUUAGGAAAAGUUAUCAAACGUCCGAGUGACAAAUGUCAAAAUGAGUCAAAUUUGACAUGAACAGUAUGUAAGGGUUAAAAACAGUAUCUUAAUGACGAGCUGAAUCAAAAACGUCUUAUCUGAACUCUCACAUAGGGUUUGUUGCAGAGUUUACAGAACAGGUGUUUGUGGUACUGUCAACAUGGACUUAUUCUUAAAACCAUCCAGCUAACUUAGUUCUUUGAACAAAGUCAAAGGAUUGAUUUGUUAAAGUUAGAUGAAGUCUCAUGAAGAAAAGUACUCUUUAAAGGAGAUAAAACCAUGAUCAGCACUCAUCAUUAGCUGAUGGGGUAGUAUGACUACAGAGAGCAGGUUAUUUAGUUCAUUUAUACCAAGGGAACUAAAUGAUUUACCAAAUGCUUAUAUUAAGAUUUAAGAACCUGCUCAAAGCACAUUCCAAACACCCUUAAUGUGAGAUUCAACUGCAUAUUAACUAUUCUUUUUAAAAGGUCAAGAGUUCAGUUCAUUGUCAUUAAUUACAUUUUCUAUAAGAUAUGAAAUGAUUCUGACUUGUUCUAACUUGUUCACAUCAUAUAUAUAAAUAUAAUAUAUAUGAAUUAUGAUGCAACUACAUCUAAUACAUUUAAAUGUAUUAAAUGACAUUGUAUUAGUUAAUGUCUGAUUUAAGUCUUUUAUAAUGUAUACCUUACCAACUUUUUACUGUGAACAUUAA